UAUAUUUCACAAAUGUACACAUACAUAGUAUUGUGUUGUAAACCCUAGAGACACAAACACAAAACCACCUUUUUGUUUCUUGUUUAUAUUGUGUCAACAAGUGACAUUGCUAUCCAAGGGGGCCAUGAAGAACAAAAGGGCAAGCAACAAAAGGGACAAAAAGGAGAUCAAAGUUACAUAUAUUUCGAGCCCCGUGAAGGUGAAGACUAGUGCCUCGAAUUUCAGGGCCCUUGUGCAAGAACUCACUGGCCAAUACUCCAAUGUUGCUGAAACCUCCAUGCCUAUGGAAGAAGAAGAAAAUGGCCAUUCCGAGAGAGUGCACAAAACUCAUCUUCUUCAUGAAAGUGAAACUCAACUAUGGAGGGUGGAUGUUGAUGAGGGCACCAAUUUGAUGAAACCUCUUGAGUAUAGUGAGUACCUCUCAAGAUCCUUGAUGGAGCCAUUCAACCAACAACAACACCUUCAAUACGAUUUGUUGAGUUUUGACAUGUCAUAGGCUUUGGUUAAGUACUAUAUGAAUGCGUAGAAUAUUUAUAAAUAUGAACCUCUAUGUUUGAUUUUGAACUCCUUUAUCAAUCUAUUGUUGAAUUAAUGAUUAUGUGAAUAGGAAAUUAAGGUGUUCGUGUAUAUUUACGGAUUUUUAGUUUUAGUAAUUAUCUGGAUUGUGAAAGCAUACAAGAAUGGAGGAGAAUGAAUAAAUUAGAACAUAUCCACCAAGUGGAGGUGCGAUCAAGUAAUGAAGCACGAUGAUGAGAUUUUAGAAAAUAUGUUUUUAUUUUUUCUUUUAAUUUGAGAUAUAUAUGCAAAAGACAUGAAAAGGAAGAGAUAGAAUUAUAAGUGUAA